ACGGCGACGCUUCGCGACCCACCCAGUGCUGCGGUAAACGGGCGAUUGAACCCUGCUGCACACGAAUUACUGGCUCCCGGAGCAGUCGCGUCAAAAGACGGUUUUCGUGCGGGUAGUAAGGACAGGAGAGAGAAUAUAAGUUGGGAAAAAAGGGCAGGAGAGUAAACGGAUAAUAGAAGUCAACCGAACUCGUGAUAAAACUGUGCCGCUGCGGAACAAUUUCGAGAUGACAGGGCUAUUGAUGCCUGUUUUUAUCGGGGUGUUUCUCGCCUUUCGAACCGAGGCUGUUUCGGAGAGACUUGAAUUGGCACCAGCCGGCGGAAGGUGGGAACCUCAGGUUGCGACACUCUGCGAGGCGGGUGAAACCUACUUGACGCAACACAUCGGCGAUCAAGGUAGAUGGGUCUCGUCCACCGACAAGAAGGGUUGCCUGACAGACAAACUCGAGAUCCUCGAGUACUGCAAACAGGCUUACCCGAGCCGGGACAUAACGAACAUCGUCGAGUCUACCCACUACGUCAGAGUGAGCGGAUGGUGCAAACCCGGACGAACCAAGUGCAAGCUUUCACGAUGGGUUCGGCCCUAUCGAUGCCUCGAGGGUCCGUUCCAAAGCGAUGCUCUUCUCGUACCGGAAGGUUGUCUCUUCGAUCAUCUUCACAACCACACAAAAUGCUGGGAAUCUCACAGGUGGAAUUCAACCGCCGCCGAUACCUGCCGGGAGCGAAAUAUGAACCUUCGGAGCUUCGCCAUGCUUCUACCCUGCGGCAUAUCCCUAUUUUCUGGUGUCGAAUUCGUCUGCUGUCCCAAACACCUCAAGGAAAAUGUAAAACCAAAGAAGCCGGUCGACCUGCCGCUUCCAAAAGGCAUCGACGAGGACGUGGACGAGGAUGAGGACGAUCUUGAGGACGAGGAUGACCUGGCCGAUGACGACAGUGACUCGGACGGUGACCUGGACGAUGUUCUCAGCGACCAAACCGACGAGGACGAGAGCGACGAGGAGUACGUCGACGAUUACGAUACCACGACUAGUCGGCCAGCUACAACGGUAUCAACGACUGAAAAAUCGGAAGUUACUCCCAUGCCGCUUCCGGUGAGCUCCAGCACUCUUCAACCCUCCCAGACCCACGCGACCCCCGACCCUUAUCUCACUCACUUUGAUCCGAGAUCCGAACAUCAGAGCUACAAACAGGCCCAGAUGCGGCUGGAGGAGGUUCACAAGGAAAAGGUUACCAAGGUGAUGAAGGAUUGGAGUGACCUCGAGGAAAGGUACCAGGACAUGAGGGCACGAGAUCCUGUUGCCGCUGAUGCUUUUAAGCGGAAAAUGACGGCCAGAUUCCAGGAAACUGUUGCCGCACUUGAGGCUAGCGGCGCUGCCGAAAAGCAUCAGCUCAGCGCUAUGCAUCAGCAACGCGUUCAAGAGGCUGUUAAACAGAGGAACGAGGAAGCUAUGGCAUGCUACACGGCGGCGUUGAACGAAACUCCACCAAACAUGCACCGUAUUCAAAAGUGCUUGCAAAAAUUACUCAGAGCAUUGCACAAGGACAGACAUCACACGAUUGCCCACUACAAACAUCUGUUGGACAGCAGCUUAGAACAAGCACAAAGAGAAAAACCUACCACUUUGGAACAUCUAGCCGAAAUUGACAGAGUUACCAAUCAGAGUCUUCUCAUGUUGGAGCGGUAUCCUGAACUGAGCGCCAAAAUUGGCCGUCUGAUGGACGACUACGUUCUGGCACUGAGAAGCAAAGAUGAAACCCCGGGACUGCUUCUAGCUAUGACCAGGGAGGCUGAGGCAUUUAUACUCGACAAAUACGAAGCCGAUGUAGCCAGUAAACAACAAGAAAAAGAACACCAAAAGCAAUUGGAGAGAGUGCGCAAGGAACAACGAAAAGCUGAACGUGGGGAACUAAGAACUGAACAACAGCAACAUGAAGAUGGAAAUCCGAUUGUUGAAAAGAAGGACACUCCUCAACAGUUAGAACCGUCUGCAGCUGGGGCGGCCAUGCAUAACGAGGGAAUCGUUAGGGCAGCCCACAGCAUGACUCACGACAAUUCUCAUCCCGAAGUGGGAUAUGCCGUGAGACGCGAAGUAUAUCACAAGGAAAGUCGUUCCGUUUACUUCACCCUCGCUUUUGCUGGCAUAGCUUUGAUGGCUGCUGCAGUUGUAGGCGUCGCGGUGUUCAAGAGACGCAGUGCCAGGAGCCCUCACAGCCAGGGAUUCAUCGAAGUUGAUCAGGCAGCCACACCUGAGGAAAGACACGUAGCUAACAUGCAGAUAAAUGGCUACGAAAAUCCGACCUACAAAUACUUUGAGGUCAAAGAAUAAUUCAAUCAAAUUGCAAUAAGAAAAUUGGUCUUAGUACCACGUUUCAAUCACUUUACCGUAAUUUCUUUAGGAAUCUCAACAUUAUGUUAGAAUCGAAUAGAGUUUUUCUUAACGGCGUGGUUCACGUCGCCCAGUGGGAGCCAGAAUCGAAAUUUUAAAACACUCGAGUUCGCUGCGUAUUCGGCGAUGCAGGUUUUAAACACAACUGCUUUGCGCUCUUCUGCUCGAUUUCAACCACAUCGUGAGAUAUCUCUAUCAUGUCGAGUUCGUUUACUUUAACAACAUUGUUGCAAUCGAGUCAACUCAAGUCCAUAAAACACUGAUCGUGUUGUUCCUGUAAACGAAAUAAAUACUCGAUUACUGUUUGGAGCCCCUCAAAAUUCGAAUAUUGCCUUGGUUCAUUUGCGCUAAGAAUGCAGAAGAAAGGGCGUUAUAGUCACCUAUAUUAUAGAAGUAAGUCUAGUUUUGGUUUUUCCCGCGAUGUUGUUUUUCUCUCUGUCAAAAAUUCCAAUUCAGUUUAAGCAUACCAAGACUUUGAAUGAUUAUCAUGAUAUUUUUGUAACAACGGUGACGUAUUAUUAAUAACCCGGAAGUAUUAUUACAGUAUUUCAUUAGAUUGGUUUAUUUAUAGGCUCUUUCUCCAUUGUAUUCUUAGGUUCUGAUAUUUUUUGAGUAUCUGGCAUGUCAGCGAACCCGCAGCAAUUUGUGCAGCUUUCAAUUGUAGCCUGAUGAAAAACGGUAGCAGCUUACUGCAGAGUAUAUUAACAAUACUAAUAUAAUAUAAUAUUAUAAUCGCGAAUAACAUAAUACUCUCAAAGUAUCAGAACAAUAAUACUGAUUUUUAGCAAUUUUCGACUCGUGCUUUUGUUAUCAAUUUCCACUGCCUUUUUUUUUUAAGUAAUCUCUCACUCAGUACUUAAUAUCUUCUUAGACUAAUACUAUCACUUAAGAAAUAAAUAAAUUUAAACAAAAAUCAUUAACGUAUUUAAAGUUAACAGAAAUAAAAUUCUAUCAUUCCAAGCCAAGGUCCACUGUUUUCGAGGUGCUUGUGACAUAUUGGAAGAUAUUGGAGAGUCUUAUUCGAUUUUCUUGGAACAUUCCGUUGGUGAAAUUUCAAGAAAGUCAUGUCGAAACUCUCGAAUAAGAGGAACAGAUAAAUGGAGUUAUUUUGAAUGGCAUAUACCUCUACCUUCGUUAAAAAAGUGGCGGCUGUUGAAACAAGGAUUUGUUUCCUGUUUGUUUUUUGGAAAUCGUUCAUACAAUAACUAUCUUAGGAUAUUGAUAAUUACUAAUUAUAUAUGAUGAUAAUAUAUUACACGUUUAAUGCUUAUAUAUUUGUAUAUGAACAAGAAAUAAUGACGCGUGCUUUGACCGAAAUUACUAUAAAAUAUAUUUCACCAAUAUCUGUAGUAUUUUUAAAUCGACAAACAUAUUUCUGCGUUACCUCGUUGGUCUCGUUGGACUAUUUUAAGGUAAAAAACAAAAUCCUAAACGUAAUAAUUCCUGAUAGAUUAGCGUAUUACGGAUACAUGUGCAGAUAUAAAUGGAAUAAAGCGAAAGCAGGAAAACAAUUGUCACACGCCAUAGUUAUAAUCAUAAUGUUAUGAACAAUCUGCUAUAGUGAAAAAUUCAUACUUCGACGGUCGAUCACGAUAAAUUAAUGAACAACUGAGUUAUAAACGGGAAAAUUACUUUCAUAUUAGAAAGUAAUAAUCUUCUCAAUUACGAUUUACGAGCUUCAUUUAUGACAGAAUGAAACGAUGCAGUCAAGAAUUGGGUAUUCUGUUCUAUUGCUGGAACAUUUCCUUUCAAGUUUUUAAUCGAUUGACCUCAUAAAACGGCAUAAUAUGCAUGAACCUAUGUUGAUAUUGGAAAAUAAACAGUGAAUGUUCAAUUUCAUGUGAUUUCGGUGAAAUGGCAGCUUAAUACUGACACAGAAAAUCAUACACACACACACGCGAACAUAAAUACACACAGAUACACUUAUAAACUGCUAAAUGUUAUAAAUAAUAUUUUAGAUAUAUUAAGAUGAUAGCAAUUACCACGUGAGUGUACUAUGAUGAAGAAAUACAACAAAAUAGCAUCAAUAACAUUAAUAAUAAUGAUACAUAUAUAUUAAAUUAAUUAUAUAUUAAUUAUGUACCUAUAGCAUAUAACCGUUAUACAUUGACACGUCAUCGCAUGUAAACUCGGCUCGACGAUGGCACACAGAUGAAUUAAGAAUUUUGAGAUAAGUAAUUGGUAGUUGUCUGUUAUUGGCAAUGCCACAAAUAAAACAGCAAUUCACAUGGUCAACUCAGAUAUUUAAAUAACAAUAACUUACCGAGCAUAGCUGACAAUAGUUUUUAAAGCCAGCUAUUAUUCACUCCAAUAUUCAUUCCUGUCGUGUAAAACGGUCGCGUCAAGUGAAUAUGUACGUAUAGACAAUUACCAAUGUUUCGUUUUAGAAGAUGCUUAGAGGGAUAGCGAUUAUCAGUAUUAGUGGUCAGGGCAUAUCAAUACAUGACCCAAAUGAAAAAAAAAUUAAUAUAUUCUUUCAAAUACCGUGAGUCAACGUCGAGCUACCAUAUAUAAGUUUAAGAAUUGAUUUUUGUAAAGAGGUAAUAAGUAUAUUAUUAAAUAUGGAAGAAAUAAUUGACUUAGUUUAAAAAUCACGUGAGAUGAGAGAAAAGAAUAUACGUCCUUUAGUAGAAGUCCAGAUUCGAGUGAAAAGAAAAAUAAAAAAUCUAAAAAAAAAAAAAAAAAUAACUAAAAAAUGGAAGUAGAUCUUAUUUUUACAGUUUUUUCGGUGUUGCUCUUAAAUUAUAUUUAUCUUCGAAUCAUAUUCAUCUGUUUUACUUAUAAGCAAAUGUGGUGAUAACAUUUGCUCGUCUAAUCGUAUAAGACAUACAUGUCUUCGCUACAGGUGUCUCUCCACAGAACUUCUCAUUUUCUUUCAUACCUUUCAAUCGUAAAAACGCGUGUCUACUCACAGUUUGUUACCUUCAAAGGCACAUAUUGCUGAAUACAUUAUAUAGUCGCUUCUUACGUAAAAUAUCUAACAAAUUAUAGAUCUUGUGAAGGCACAAUACUUUAUGAUAUAUUAAAAGUGACUCGAACUAAAGAAGGAAAAGCAGAAAAGGAAAGAUUCUACGAAUAAUUAUUUAAUUUCGACCAAUUAGACGAAACGCAAUUUUUCCAUAAAAUUUAUAAUUCGAUAAAUUAGGUGUGAAAUGUUCGUUCGAGUCUGGUUAAAUAUUAAAUAAAUAAUGCAUAUGUCGGAAUAAAAAUCACUCGAAACAUUAGUCUUUAGCUUUGCAACAACGUAUCGUUGUCACACUCGAAUUGAUUUCCCGUUUAAAAUUAUAUUUCUUUUAGUAUUUUGCAAGUAUAAUAAUACGUGUGACAUAAUAUUUGUCAUAUAAAUCUAGUAUUUUUCAUUUUGAAUAAAUAAAAAAACAAAAAAAAAAAAACAACAAA